AUGGUACAUCAGCGUGCGGAGUGGAUCCUGACCGUGGGAGCAUUUGUCGACGAUAGCUACUGUUAUCUUGUCGUGCAAGAGAACAAGCGAGUCGGCUCCCCCGACGAUCCCGAGGCCCAGCUCAUUGCAGAGUCCAUCGCCGCCUUUCAUCUGAAUGCCAUCCGGCGCAGAUAUGAAAGCAAUUUACCCCCUCUCGAGCGGCAGGUAAUUCCGGGCAUCACCAUGGUCGGAACGAGUCCUAUUUUCUACCGCACCACCGUCACACGCUCCCUCCUCAAUAAUCUGAGCUCCCUACAGUAUCCGAGCGAGGAGACAAUCGUUCUCCGGUUCGUUCCACCCGUCGCUAAUCCCCGUCUUUAUUCUAGGGUGGGGAUGACCACUGUAGAGAACCGUCGUAUUGUCUUGCAAUGCUUUGAGGCCUUCAAACCCUUGUUGGUUCGUAGUCGCCCUCUGUUCAGAUUGGCACCAUGCUAA